GGUUAAAAAUAAGCAGAGACAACUCUAUUGUACAAACAAGCGCUGACAAACCGUAUACAGGAAACAGUCUCGACGAAAAUGAGUAUAUUCUGACACUCAUUAACAUAACAAACUGGACAACAGACCACCAGUGCUGUUGGUAUCCUGUCAACUACUCCAACAAUGAGACUUCGACCCCAAAUGUGAGCGAUUCUGCAGAUCCACAAAUUCUAUGGGCUAUCUUCAUUUCCACUCUUCUGUCAGUUUUAAUUCUAGCCACUGUUAUUGGCAACGUUUUGGUUAUUACUGCCAUUCUAAUGGAAAAAAAUCUUCACACUGUAGGCAACUAUCUCGUGCUAUCCUUAGCCCUAACUGAUUUGACAGUAGCCUGUCUCGUUAUGCCGCUAGGUGUCGUAUAUGAGGUUAAACAAGAAUGGAUAUUUGGUCUCCUUUUGUGUGACAUAUGGACAUCGUGUGAUGUUUUAUGUUGUACAGCUUCCAUACUCCACUUAUUGGCCAUAGCUGUUGACCGUUAUUGGGCUGUGACGAAUGUGGAUUAUAUCCACAGAAGAAGCGUCCGCCAUAUUGCAGUCAUGAUCGUGCUCGUUUGGACCGUUUCUGGUAUUGUGUCGCUUGGUCCUGUUCUAGGUUGGAAAGAUCCCGAGUACGAAGAACGUGUACAAACUUACAAAAUAUGCCUGGUAAGUCAAGACAUAGGUUACCAGAUAUUUGCCACGUUUGCCUCCUUCUACAUUCCAUUAGUACUAGUCCUGUGUCUCUACUGGCGUAUAUUCCAAGAAGCUCGGAAGAGGAUUCGGCGAAAGAGUGGCUAUCGUUCAUUCCAGGGGCCUGCAUUUCCACCGCCAGUUUCUUCUAUGACAGAAAUGACAACUUUCAUGGCGCACUCGUCAAGCAAUCCAAGCUUUGAGAUAGUGGCGACAUCUACUAAUGGAUAUAAGAAAACUCAUAACAAUUCCUCUAUAAUUCACAAUCGUGAGCACAGAAAGAAGAGGAAGUAUCCAAAAGACUCAGUAGCAGAGUCCACAAGAGAAAGAAGAGCAGCCAAGACACUGGCAAUCAUUACUGGAGUGUUUGUCAUAUGUUGGUUGCCAUUUUUUGUCACAGUACUUAUCUUGCCAAUAUGCAGUGAUUGUGAUAUCCCUGUGUAUUUGUUUAGUCUUGUCGUAUGGGUCGGGUAUUCCAAUUCCAUGUUAAACCCUAUCAUCUACACCGUGUUUAGCCCUGACUUCAGGUGUGCCUUUAGACGCAUGGUGUUUAAUUCGAAGAAAUGA